CUAUCGUCACGAUUGUUGCAGGCUGCGCACUGACCAAAUGUGUACCACCAUACAGUACAGUUCAGCUGGAAGGUUUUGUUUUUGUCACGUUUUUGUCGGAGUCUACAAAAUACCACGCGUAAACGACUCCAAUGUGCAUGACUUGGCGGUUGUAACUGAGGCUAAAUAUAGAUAUAGUUGAAGGAUGCGCCCAGCAUUACGAAUGCCCCGCCUUAUGAACCCAACGUGCUCAAAAAGUCAGUCAUAUAAAACUGCACUGUCAACUCGGUCCCAUACUGUGAUAUGUCUCUACUUUCUUGUGGCUGUUGACCAUGGCUUGUACGAAAGAGACGGUUAAGGCUCAUGGCCUUAAUAUAUGGUCUACGGGUGCUCCGCCAGGGUCCACAACAGAAGUGGAGUAAGUCAGCCUACACCAACUUGUAACCUGCCAACUCGUCAUAGUAUCGUCGGUGUUCAGGGAUUAGGCUCUGACCCGUUCUUCACCUGGGUCAAGAAAGGGCGAGCCCCAGAAAGUAAAUCGUCGAGGAAACUUGUGGAUAAGCUAUGGACCAGGAAAGAUAAAAAGCACCCGAAACUAGACGGGAACAACGAGCCCGUUGAGUUUAUGUGGCCUCGAGACCUACUCGUGCCAUCAUUUACGAAUGCGCGGGUUGCCACCUAUAGCUACAAAUCCGGCAAAGGGGUUAAGACCACCUUGCGCCAAUUGGCCGAACAGUUCCUAAACGUAUUGUUCCAACACAGGCAGAAGCCAGAUGAACGCCAAAGACCACUGGUCUUAAUUGGGCACAGCCUUGGGGGGCUUGUCAUCCAACAGGCUCUCGUUAUCGCCGCGCUGAACCGAGACUUUCAAGAGCUUCGUCUCUCAGUGUCGGGUGUAAUCUUCCUUGGGGCACCUUUCCAAGGAAGUAAUGCGGCUGUGCUUGGAAAACGGCUGGCACAGGUCACCGGGGGUGAUCUUUCUCUGUUAGAGUUGCUACAAAAAGAUAAUACAAACCUACAGUCUCUAUCGAAAGAAUUCUCUGAUAGCCACCACGAAUGGGACUUCGUGUGCUUCUACGAAGAUACAGAUGCUGAUUAUACUCUGUUUAAGACUCGGGUAGUAACUGCCUCGUCGGCUACUUUAAGCGGAAGGCGAAUGAUAUUUUUACACACCGAUCACUCUGGGCUUAACAAGUUCAGUGGAUCAAAUGAUGAGAAUUAUGCUUUGGUACUGCCCGAAUUACAGAGAAUGGUCAAUAAUGGACCUUCAAUGGUGGCCAAUCGAUUCAAACCUAAAGUGGGCGAACCAGCUGGAAACAAGCAUUGGCUAGUUCCCCGCGGGAUCAAUAAACUAUUUACUGGGCGCUCUGAGAUUAUCGAUAGGAUCAAAGCGGCGUUACAAGAUGACGGUGCUCAGCAUGCCGGGAAACAGAAGGUAUUUGUAAUUACCGGCCUUGGGGGCAUGGGAAAAACCGAAAUCUGUUUACAAGUAGCGAAUAUAUUGCGGGAAGACUUUUGGGGCGUGUUCUGGGUCGAUGUCGAUAGCGAGUCUACAGCAAAAAACGACUUUAUUUCCGCUGUGGCGUCAUUCGGAUCCUCAGCCAAGAGUGUUGAUGAUGCACGUCGAUUACUUGCAAACACAAAGCAUAACUGGCUCCUUAUUCUGGACAACGCUGACGAUCCGGAGUUCGACUAUCAAGCAUACCUACCAUCAGGGUCUCGAGGUGUGGUACUCGUGACAUCUCGUAUUUAUGACUGCAGUCAAUACAGCACAGUUGGCUCAGAAGUACUCACGAGUCUUGAUAUCGGCCUAUCCAAACAGCUUCUACUCAGAGCAGCAAAUAUUGCCGAGGACCUGUGGCCAUCUGUCGAUCAACAAGCAGAGGAUAUUGCUAAACUCAUUGGUUCACACACACUUGCGCUAAUCCAGGCUGGAACAUACAUUGCCAAGGGCUACAGCCGACUAGACCAAUACCCCGAAGUCUAUGGAAAACAUCGCAAACGACUCCUUACAUAUCGACCUUCACAGGCCCAGUCAAGAUAUGGUGACGUUUAUGCGACCUUUGAAGCGUCUGCCCAGAUUUUAGAGAAUUCUGAGAGUGAGGAUGCUAGAGAUGCUCUACGUUUGCUUGGGAUACUUUCAAUGCUGCAUUCAAGUGCUCUCCCACUUCAGAUAUUCGAAAAUGCAUGGAACCGCUCUAGGAAUGUUCUUCACGUCAGUGACACAGAGAUAGACCUAGGAACUUGCUCCCGAUGGCACGCCUUACAGUUGCCAGAAUUCAUGGAAGUGGAAGCAAACGAAUGGGACCCCCAUCGUCUCAACAAAGCGAGUUACUUGCUUGUUUCGCUUUCAUUUGUCGUGCGAAGCAAUCUAGCUGGGGAAUCACCUAGCCUAUCUAUGCAUCCGCUAGCUCACGCCUGGGCUAAAGAUCGCCAGGAAUUGAUCCAGCAAGGCCAAACCUGGAUCGCCACUGCCUGUAUUGUUGCACUAUCUAUUCUCUGUUAUGGCUCCCCAAGGGACAGCCUAGUGCAUCUCCAAUCUUUGCUCAAUAUAGAAGUCAAGACAGCAUUCUCUCUCGGACCGAAACCCAUGCUGGUCUCGAUUUUUAUCAUUUUUUGCCAGAACCUAGCAACAAACCGGGACGAUUCAAGGCUCAAGACCCUCCUUCAAGACAUAUUCGGCAUUCUUGCAAUCGAGUUUGAUAAACCAUCAAUAGAAUACCUGGAAAUAUACAGAAUUUAUGGGAUAAACUUGCAAGACAUUGGAGAUUUAGCAAAUUCCCUUCAACUAUAUAUACAAAUCGCGAAGAUUCUCGAUGAGAGACUACCUCAUUCUCACUACAAGCGGCUUAUUUCACAGCACAACGUCGCAAAUGCGUAUCAUGCCAGUGGGGAAGUAGAAAAAGCGAUAGAGAUUUUUGAGCAAGUAGUAGAGGCUCAAGAGGACCUUCAUAUUACUAACGGUCGCCGGCUCAUGUCACAGCAUGAGCUUGCCCGCGCAUACGUUGCUAAUGGGCAAGUGGAUAAGGCGAUAGAACUCCUAGAGCAAGUUGUGGAGAUUAAAGGCACAAUGCCCAUUGCUCACCCUGAGCGGCUCAUGUCACAGCAUGUGCUCGCACGCGCAUAUCAUGAGAAUGGGCAAGCGGAUAAGGCGAUUGAGCUCUUUGAGCAAGUUGUGGAGAUUAGAGAAAGCGUGCUACCUAUUACCCACUACGAUCGACUUGCGGCACAAGACGAGCUUGCAUUCAUAUAUAAUGCAAAUAGGAAAGCAUAUAAGGCAACACAUCUCCUAGAGCAAGUGGUAAAGAUUCGAGAGGAAUUGCUACCUACUACUCAUCAUGACCGGCUUGGAUCAGAGCACGAGCUUGGACACACAUAUCUUCAGAUUGGGCGAGUAAAAGAGGCGAUAAAGCUCCUAGAGCAAGUAGUGAAGAACCGAGAAGAGAUCCUUCCUGUUGAUAAUCAAGCCAGGCUCAUGUCACAGCACGAGCUUGCACGCGGAUAUGUUAUAGAUGGGCAGGUGGAAAAGGCAAUAAAGAUCCUGGAGCAAGUUAUGAAGCAUAGAUGCAAACUGCCUACUGACCACCCUAGUCGACUCAUGUCACAACACGUGCUCGCUCGCGCAUAUUAUAAGAAUGGGCAAGUGGAUAAGGCCAUUAAGCUCUUUGAACAAGUUGUGGAUAGCGAAGGCGCACUACCUAUUACUCAUCCCGACCGGCUCUUUGCACAGCAUGAGCUCGCCUGCGCAUAUAAUACGGAUGGCCAAGUGGAUAAGGCAGUAGAACUCCUAGAGCAAGUAGUAAAGAUUCAAGAAGAGGCGCUACCCGUUGCUAACCCGGAGCGGCUGAGUUCACAGCACGAGCUUGCACACAUAUAUCUUGUUAAAGGGAAAGGGGGCCGAGUUAAAGAGGCAAUAGAUCUCUUAGAGCGGGUAGUGAAUGUUCGAGAAGAGGUUCUGCCUGUUACUAAUACUCAAAGGCUCGCAUCUCAACAUGAGCUCGCAUACGCAUAUUAUCUGAAUGGGCAAGUAGAGAAGGCGAUAGAGCUCAUGGAGCAUGUGGUGAAGAUUAAAGAAGAAGUGCAACCUGCUACUGACAAUAGUCGGCUCAUAUCACAAAGUCUGCUUGCUCGUUUCAAGAAGGGGGUAUAAAUACGUGGCUUCAGCAGAUCAGCGGACGUUUUAUAUCCUACAUAACAAGUCAUGUUACCUCAAAUAUCUACAUUCCAAUGAUAUAUAUUUGUUCCAAGCCCAAUUUGUCUCUAUAUGAACCAUGGUGGUGGCGAGCUGGAUAAUAUUGUAUUCGUCGCAGGGUGGCCCGACUUUCCAGCAAAAAGUUGCCGAAGGGCCCGAGAAUGCUGCAUGUAUAGAUUGGUGCAGGUAUUAGCAGAGUAAUUGUUGUGAUUUCACGAGCGACCAGAACGGGACAUCCCAAGGAAGAGGUUCCCUGAGAGAAUUUCGGCACAGAAAUUCGAGCGUGUUGGCUGGAAUCCUUCAGUGCCCAUUCUUAAACCUCGGAGGUUUCGGAGCUGUUGUUGAUCGAGAGGUUUAGUGUUCCGAGUAUGCAAGCAUGAGUCAUUCUGAGUGUUCCACAGUGUCAGCUCGUUCAACCGAGAAUAGGGAGUAAGGGGUUACUUGAAAAUUCCUGUUCGCUCACUUCGACUCAUUAUGAUACAUGAUGGCCGUACCAAAUGAUUCUAGUGUCGCUGAGGGUACUGAGGAUAAUGAAGGGGGAUAUCGACAAUCAUGAUUUGGGUGUAUUCGCAUCUCGACUCAUUAUGGCCCAUUGUGAUACUGAAUGAUUUGAACUUCGCGAGGUGUAGAAUGCGAAGAUAGAUAGAAUAACGCUCAAUUGAAUAGUAUAUAAUGAUCGUAAAC